CUAAAUGUAACUUCACACAAAAGAUUUCCUACACAGGAAAAUGAGCUGAGAAAGUCAUUGGAACGUGGAAAAAAAUAAGAAAUAUCUAGAAUUUAACAAUAAGGCCAGAAAUGGUGGAGGUUGACUUAGAUACCCCUAUUUGGGACCAGAAUACAUUUAGUGGUAGAAGAAAAUAUUAUGCAUGGAUGACUGAUCCCAGAAACAGUCUUGUGUCAUCAGGAACCUUAUAUCAGGCUAGAGACCUUAUUCAUGCUGUCAGACAGAACAACAUUCCAACAGGAACUACAGUUAAAGAUAUACGUAGAGCCCAGCAGCUGUAUCUAUCAGCUUUCCAUCCAGAUACAGGAGAACUUCAAAAUGUUAUAGGUAGAAUGUCAUUCCAGGUACCAGGUGGAAUGGUACUAAUAGGAGCCAUGAUCACAUGGUACAGAGGCACGUCAUCUGUUAUAUUUUGGCAAUGGGCCAAUCAGUCAUUUAAUGCUUUAGUUAAUUAUACAAACAGAAAUGCUGCAUCAGAGCUUACAACAAGCCAGAUUCUCACAGCCUACGUGUCUGCCACAACUUCUGCUUUGGUAACUGCCCUGGGUCUCAAGUCUCUCCUGGCAAAAACAAGGUCACCAAUUUUACAGAGGUUUGUCCCCUUUGCUGCUGUGGCUGCUUCUAAUGCUGUUAAUAUCCCUUUGAUGAGACAAAGUGAGUUUGCUCAUGGUGUGACAAUGUUUGAUGAAAAGAAUAAUAAAGUAACAGAGUCUCGGUAUGCUGCAGUAAAAGGGAUUAGCCAGGUUGUGUUAUCUAGAAUACUUAUAGCAGCUCCUAGCAUGAUAUUAUUGCCUGUAUUUAUGGAGAGGAUAGAAAAGAAAGCCUUUAUGGUGAAGUAUGGAAGAUUUAUUAAUGCGCCAUUACAAAUAGCAUUAGCUGGUUUAAGUUUAUUAAUAAUGGUACCAAUAGGCUGUUCAUUAUUUAACCAAAGAAGUUCCAUCUCAAUUGAAGAAUUAAAGAUAAUGGACCACCAUAAGUAUGAUGAAGUUGUUGAGAAAUAUGGGAAAAACUUACCAAAGACCCUUUAUUUCAACAAGGGUUUGUGAUGAUGAUCUAUAAAUAGAUGGACUAAUAACUAGCAAUAUUCACUAUAAAGAAAUUGUAUAUCAAGUAUAAAAUCUUAUCGAAAAGUAUUUUAUUCAAGUAAUCAGUGAUAAUUGAUGAAACAUUUUGCUUGAUACAAAUAGUAUUAUUUACAAUUUAGAAAUUAUGAUAAUUUUAUUAAAUGUUUAAUAUUCUGUUGAAUGAGCAUGCAAACUGAAAAAAUCCAUUUUGGGCAAUGACAUGUUCUGAAAUUGCUAUAUAUAUAUAGCUAUGAGUGAUAAUACAAAAUUGUAAGCCAUUUGACAAAUAGAGUUUGUACACAUCAUAAAAUAUCUGAACACUUUCAAUAUACUUUAAAGCAUGUAAAUAUUUUACACCUAAUGUGAUAGA